AUGAUGUGUGAGAUUGUUUCCGAGAGAAUUCGUUUCGGGAUCAGAGCGAAAUAUUUUGAGGCUUUGCUUCACAGAGAAAUCACGUGGUUUGACUUGAACGAUGCCGGGAAUGUCUCUUUCAUCGUAAAACAAUAUGCAAAAGCGGGGAGUAUCGUAGAAGAAGCUCUUCGUCAAAUCAGAACAGUGCUCGCUUUCAAUGGACAGAGUUAUGAAAUCAAAAGAUACCGUAGCGCGCUCGAAGAGGCGACAAAGAACGAGAUUUGGAACGCUUUUCAAAGUGGUCUUGGCUUGGUCACAUUGUACACAACAAUGAACUUUGUCUAUUUUACUAUUUUCUGGAUUGCAACCGAAUUUGUCUAUUUCGGAUAUGUGGACGCGAAAGAAGUGAUAACGAUCUUCAGCGUGAUCAACUCUUUGUCGUUCGCUUUGGGGGAUCUCGUUCAACGUUUCGGUAAAAUCACUCACUCAAUCGCGGGCUCAAAGCAGAUUUUGGAGGAAAUUACACAAGCUGAAAUCGAUUCCAAGAAGCCUCGAAAGAAUCAAAAACCGUUUGUGAAUGGGAAGAUCACUUUUGAUAGCGUCAAAUUUUCCUACCCAAGAAGACCCGAUGUCGAAGUGUUAAAAAAAUUGUCUUUCACUUGUGAACCCGGUGAGAAAGUGGCUCUUGUCGGCGGGUCCGGAGCCGGGAAAUCAACGAUUUUCGGGCUCUUGAUGCGAUUUUACGAUCCGGAAAAGGGACAAAUAAAAAUUGAUGAUGUCGACAUUGGGGAUUUUGAAGAGGAAUAUCUGCGAUCAGAGAUAGGAAUUGUGAGACAAGAACCCGUGCUCUUUGAUGCAACAAUUCGACAAAACCUUCACAACGCCAAACAAGAUGCCAGCGAAGCGGAGAUGUUAGAAGCACUCGAUCAAGCGAAUGCAUUAAAAUUUGUACGCGACCUACCACAGGGUCUUGAUACCAGGGUUGGCUCCAGGGGAAGUCAGCUAUCAGGCGGUCAAAAGCAAAGGAUUGCAAUCGCGAGAAUGCUGUUGAGAAACCCUCGAAUCCUUCUUUUGGAUGAGGCGACGAGCGCGUUGGACAACGAGAAUGAGAGGGCUGUUCAGGAGGCUUUGGAAAAGGCUUAUUUCGGGCGCACUACUUUGAUCAUUGCUCAUCGAUUGUCGACGAUUCGAAGCGCCGAGAAAAUUCUCGUACUCAAAGAUGGGCAUGGUGAGGAUUUUUUGGAGAAAAUGUUUACUUUAUUUCAAAUUGCA